AUGUUUCUUCACCGGUGCCGAGCGGCGAUACCAUCGCCAUUGGCGGCACACCGAUCGGCUGUUCGCGUGUCUCGAUGGAGCCACAUCCGACAGCUCCAGACGCAUGGCUCGCAAAACCAGUCGCGCCAACCAUCUAAGACCCUGCCUCAGCGUGGAAGUCCACGACCGCCACCACCAAGGCAACCUGAACCGGCCCAAGAUGAACCACAGCAUACCCCGAACCCUAAUGAAGAGGACCAAUUUCCCGAAGAUCAAGAGAUUCCUAAUGUGAAGGUCCGAUUUUUAAUUCCUGCAAUUUGGGCGGUCACAGUUUCCACGGGCAUCUAUAUCUCGUUCGCAUACUUCACAGCCAAGAGUGAAUUGGAAACUAGGAAUCCCUACAGACUUUUCGGAGGCAACACCAAUCCGGCCAGAAACCCCUCAUAUUCAACCUAUGCUUCCAACGGACCUCCCACGCCUACUGAAGUCGUCACUAGAGCUUGGCGCGAAGCGGACCCCAUGUCAAAGCUAAGCUUGGGUCUCAUCGGAGUGAACGGCGCAGUCCAUCUUUCCGGUCUUGUCGCGCGAGGAGCCUGGCAGCACCUGUGGCAUAUCCCAGCGACCAACCGCAACUAUACGCUGUUUACUUCGACCUUCGUUCAUUCAGGGCCCAUGCACCUUGCAGUCAAUAUGUACGCCAUGUACAACUUCCUGCCUGCAACCGGGUAUUCGAAACUAUUUCGAGGAGACACGAACCACAUGCUCUCCUUUUUCCUGUCGACAGGUGUUAUAUCUGGACUCGCGCAACAUAUUGCAAGCACUAUCUUCAAGCAGGGUCGUCCUUACUCGGCUUUCAUCUCUUCUGGAGGGGCCAGUGGCGCGCUCUUCGCUGUUUUCGGCGCCUUCUGUAUGGAGUACCCGACUCAGGGCGUUGGUAUUAUCUUGAUCCCAUAUUACAUCGAGGCGCAGUACUUCCUACCCAUAGUCAUGGCGUUUGAUCUUGUUGGUAUGAUCCGUGGCUUUAAGUUUGUGAGCUUCGGUCAUGCAGCGCAUUUGAGCGGCGCUACCAUCGGUAUGGCCUACUCUUAUCUUGAUGGACGCAACAAGGUUUGGAGGCCCCUGGUAGAUUUCUGGAAACGACGACUGCAGGGAAAGUCAGUGGCUUGA